UUCGAACCUAACCUCACUUUUUGCAAACUAAACAACGGUCUUUCUGUGCGUAAUUUCUUAAAUGUGAUCCUAUAUUCAUUCAAAAUGAAUGAUAAUUUCAUCUCUGAGCUGGAAUCAGCCGCCGCUAUCAUCAUGGCUCCCCCGAACCUCGUGAGCAACGAACAGCGACACAACGCCGAAGCAAUUUUUCUAAAUUUUCGCAAAUGUAAAACUCCUUUUGUGAUGUGUCGUGAAAUUUUGGACAAGUGCCAAGUUCAUUAUGUGCUGUUUGAAGCAGCUGAAACCAUCAAAAGUGCCCUUAUUAGAGAGUGGUCGUUCUUGUCCGAUUCGGAUAAAUACUCGUUGAGGCAGUAUUUGAUGCAUUAUAUUUCGACGAAGCAAGUGCCCUCUUUCGUGCGAGACAGGAUCAUACAAGUUAUUGCAAUUAUGGUCAAAAGGGCGAGUGUAGACGAUGGGGGGCGUGAAAGGGGUACCAUUUUGCAAGAAGUUGAAAGUAUCAUACUCAACGCGGAGCCGGAAAAAAAAAUUUUGGGUUUCAACAUAAUCGCAAAUUUGAUGCAAGAAUAUGCGAGCACGGUGAAAUCAACUGAUGUAGGGCUGCCCUGGGAGGUGCAUUUCAAGGCCAAAAAACAAUUUGAAUCAACUGACUUGAAACGAAUCUUUCAAUUUUGUGUCCAAUUGUUAUCUGAAGUUGUGAAAAACGACCCCCCGUACCCUGAUAAUGUGCUGGAAUUGACGAGGCAUAUCUUAAAAGUUACGGAAAGUGUGCUUACAUGGGGGUAUAUGUCACCACUCUUUCCUAAACGAUUAAUUGGCAUCUACGAGUCGGUUUAUGAGGCUGAUCAUGCCCCAUCGUUGAAAUUGUCGGACAAUUGGAGCGAAAUUAUUUUGUCGCCUCAAUUGUUACCUCUCAUGUUUCAAAUUUUUUGGAAAGUGAGAGAAUACGACGGAUUGUCUCAUCAUGCGUUGACGUGUCUUGUGCAGUUGGCUUCGUUGAAUGGUGGAGUUUUGUCGUCAGAUGCUGUCAGAUUGGAGUAUUUGAAGUCUUACAUGGUUAAUUUUACAAAUCUUGUCUCUAGUGUCACAAUAAAAAACAAAGAAUCGCUAGGCAUAUCCAACAUCGUCAAGAAACUAAUACUUUUUUUCAUUGGCGACAUUCAAAAAUUAACAUCACAACUUCAAGAUUCGUAUUUAGAUGAACUUACACGAUUGACGUGUUCAUUUUGCAAAGGUGCAGCUUUAGAAGAUAUGUCUUCCGACGAAGAAAAAUAUUACAACGAUUCGUUCGACAAUAUGAUGGAAGCAUGGACAAACAUUUUGCAAGAGUAUGGUGUGAACUCUAACGGAAGUAUUCAAGAAUGUGCAGUACAAAUUUUUAAUACUUAUAUUCAAUAUCAUUUGGGACCACCAGAUGGCGCACGACAAAAUCAUGAUGUCCACGAAAUUGAAGACAACGAAGAUAUUGAUAGGAUCUCGUUCAAGGACCAGUUACAGACGAUUGGGAUGUUUGGGAGGAUUGUACCUGGACAUGCGUUGCCCAUUAUAUACAAACUAUUGGAAGUCAACACCGAAAAACUAAAAAUCAGUCUACAACUGAUGGAGUCUCGUGCAAUGAACAUGAACGAAUCGUCCAACUUGGACAACCUCUUCGAGGACAUCCAUUGGGUGAUUCUCAUUGCCGGCCACAUCCUGUGUAUGGACAGCGACGGUGAAACCCCAAUGAUUCCCUCCGAAAUGAUGCAAUACUCCAUCGAACAACUCCGUCAAAAUAACAGCACACUCGAAUCAAGUCUUACCGUUUUGGCUUCAGCCCAUCAAAUAACCAAUGUUCCGACAGACGUUGAUCGCUGUGAUCACAUCAUACGUAUCGUUUCUGAUGUUUUGAAACUAUGUGUUGUGGAAAAUUCGGCGGCUGAAGCCAAAUUGGGACAUUUUAUGAGUCCCGAAGUGAGUUCGACGAUUAUGUGGUUUCUGAAACGAUGGUGUUUGUCGUAUCUUUUACCGGUGGAGAAUUAUUAUCAAGAGAUCAGUCCUGUUUUGAUCGGUGCUGUCGGGAAGGAUACAGAAGGGGCGAUUUUUGUGGUGAAUUUUAUUCUGGACAAGAUUUAUUCGAAUAUUUGUCAUUUCAAUUCGGAGCCUAUUUUAUUGAGGGAUACAGUGGAUCUUCUGACGGCGCUUGUUUGCAUCAAACAAAAACAGUCCUUAUGCAUCGUAAAGAGCAAAAGCCUCUGGAACCUCAUAACCCUCCAAGAGAAGCUCACUCCAGGUCGCCUCCCCUCCACCAUCCAUCGCGAACUAUUUAAAAGUUUCAUCCUAGCUGGCAUGGCUCUACGCGACAUGCAAGAACUCAACGGCUACUUUGACCAAAUCCUGCGCCCGCUUCACACUCGAUUCGACCGCUUCAUCAACCAAGAAGACAACUUCCGCGCCAACUACCACAAAGAGGAAGUCCAAAAGGAAAUCAUCGAUAUUUUGGAAAGCUUCAUCGGAAUUGCCAAAGGCUCGCACAUGUCCACCGUCCAAAUCCUCUUCCAAUUUCUGGCUCCGCGGUUGGCAGAACUGCCGAAAAUCCUAACGUUUUACAACAACUAUCAAGUGAUUGUGCAACUGAUUUUGGAGUUGUUUGGACAGUGUGCUAAGAACAUGUUGUGUUAUUUGUGUCAACUUGAUAGUAAGAAGUUGUACGAGAGUACGUUGGCAACGGUGCAAGCGUAUGCGAAAUGUAACGGGAAUAAGUUUAGUGGGGAGACUUUAGCUGAAGAAAAUAGUUUCCAAGAUUUGGCAUUGAUUUUGGACUUGUUGACAUUUAUUUUAUCGAAGGAUUGCAUUGAUUUGUGUCCAAAUGACGAGGAAGUGGUUACAGUGACGGCGUCUGAUGUUUCUUUGUUCGGUUUGAAUUUUAUUAUGCCUUUGAUGACUUUAGAUUUGCUCAAAUAUCCAAGUCUUUGCUCGCAAUAUUACAGAUUGUUGGUUUUGAUCAAUGAUAUUUAUCCGGAGAAGAUUUGUAAUCUCCCGCCGACUUUGUUUCAACAACUGUUGAGCUCGAUCGAGUUGGGUUUGACACAGUUUAGCUCGGAUAUAGCCCAAGCAUGCCUUGACUUCAUUCAAGGAAUGACUUGGUACUUUUUCAGGAAUUCGCUUCAGCAGAAUCCGUUUUGUCAAGCAAUGAAACCGUUCCUCAAAAUGUUGCUGGAUCUCACUUUGUCGCAUCAAAUAAAUUCGGAUUUGAUGAGUUCGGCCAGUACUUGUAUCUACGCUCUGAUUUGUUGCUACGAGGAGGAGUAUACGAUUUUAGUCGAUGGUUUAAUUAAAUCGCAAGCGGAUCCGUUGAUUGCCGAUAGGUUGGCAGCAGCUUUUCAUAAUUUGACGUUGAAUGUUGCCAUGAUUGGCGGAAGACAACCUAAGUUGAAGUUUCGAGAUAAUUUCGAUAAGUUCAUCGCAAAUGUUCAGGGAUUCUUGUUGGUGAAAUAGCUGUGAGUUGAAUUGGCUUCGGGUCAAAAGAUCGACGAUGAUUUUGGUUUUAGAAAAAUUUUUUAUUUGCGAUGAUUCAUCCAUCUUGUAAAGAAUGUUCGCCGUUUUUUGACGUCUGAUUAACUUACAAAAACUUGUAACUAUAUUUUUAUACAAUGUAACCAUGUCUGUUAUGCACUUUAUAAAUGCAAUAAUAAAUUACAUGAGUUUUG